AUGAUACUCUUAAAUCCCAAUUCUACUGAAUCCUCCACUCGUGUAUACUCCACCGACUCCAAACACGAUUCUGCCCGCGUCGCGUCUUUCCGCCCCAGAACAACACUCUUCACCCAUCAACCCGAUAAGCUGGAAAUCAUGGCCUCCGGGCAACCAUUUGCGUCGCGCUCCUACGCCGGCACCAAGCUCCCCGAGCGCUCCGUCAACAAUGCCAUGCCCUUCAGCGCCUCCUCAUUCUCACGACACCGCCUGAACGCCCCUCAAGACUUCCCCGAAAAACAACAACCACCAGCAAACGCCCAGUCCCACGGCCCAGCGCAGGACGCAAACCCUCUAAACAGGCUUACAGAGGAACAGCGCGAGGAAAUCAACGAAGCCUUCACACUCUUCGACCUCGAUCGCGACCGCCACCUAGAUUACCAUGAGCUCCGCGUGGCAUUCCGCGCUCUAGGCUUCACACUUAGUAAACAAGAGCUCAUCUCCUUGCUUACGACCUACGGAGUCCCAAGACCCCAAGUCCAACAAGCGAAUGGUGCACCAGCAUCGAACAAGGGACCUGUUUCGAACCCGCAACACCCGUCCAAUCUGCUUAUGCCGCUUUCGUCCUUCCAGGCCGUGACUGCGUUGAAGAUUCUGGAGCGGGAUCCGAGGGAUGAGAUCCUCCGCGCUUUUGAGCUCUUCGAUGAGGGCGCCAAGGGAUAUAUUGAUUUAGAGGAUUUGAGGCGCGUUGCCCGUGAGUUGGGCGAGACAGGGCUCGAGGAGGAGGAGCUUAGGGCUAUGAUUGAGGAGUUUGAUUUGGAGGGUGCGGGUGGUGUUACUCGUGAGGCGUUUGUGGGAAUUUGUUGGCAAUGA